GGAAAUUGGCCAUGGCUGGUCCUGCUCCUGGCCUCCCUCUCCCGGUCCCUGUUCCCACCACCUCCGCCCUUGCAUCCUCCACCACCAUCACAGACACUAUGCUUGCCACUGCUGAUGCCUCCUCGUCGGCAUGCCCUUCCUCUGCCGAGCCCACUCCGCCGCUCCCGGCUCCUGUCCCUGCACAUGAUCCUGUCGGUGAGGACGGCCUGGCGCCAUCCAUGGCCGAGCCAUGCCGGCAACCGCUGGCGCCGCUGCCAGCACUGUGCUGCGUGGUUGCCUAUUCGGAUGUAGCGCCUCGCUUCCAGGCGGGCGUGCUCGAUCAGGUCCGUGCCGCCUCGCUCGACGUCUUCUUCGAGUCCAAGUAUGUCGACGAGGUGCCCACCCGUACCUCCGGCGCCUCCCGUUUCGCAUGGCGCCUCGACCUUGUCUUUGACGCCGCCGCGCCCGUUACUGCGAGCGCGGUUGCUGCCGCAAACGCCGUGGCCUCGGGCUCAGAGCCCGAGUCCGAGCCCGAGUCCGAGAUCUCCGAGCCGGCCGCUCAGCCCGAGGUCUACGGCUUUAUCCUCUACCGCCUCGGCGGCGAGCUUGCCGACGCCAAGCACCUGGUCGGUAUUUCCAAGCUCUGGGUCAACGAGGGCGUCCGCUGUCGCGGCCUCGGCCACGUCCUCGUCAAGCGCGCCAUCUCCUGGGCAAAAAGCCACCGCGCCCUCUACGUCACCCUCUGGGCCUACAACGACGCCAUCCGCUUCUACAGAAACAUGGGCUUUAAGCUUGGCAUCGCCUCCGAGGACAGCAUCGCCGCUCAGGCCGAGGGCACCUUUCACAACGAGGUCUCCAAGUACAUGGAGAAGUUUGUUGGAACCCGCAAGCAGCGCAAGGACAUGAACCGCGGCAUUUCCUCCCGCCGCAACAAGCGCAAGAACCGCACGCGCUAUCGUUGAUCGUCACGCUCGCCAAACUCCGGCUCGUUUGACUACUCAAGCUUUCAGCGCUGAUCGCGCCCGCUGUAUCGCCGGCGGCCCGGCCCACGCUCCCACACCCCGGCCUCGGUCCGCGCCGCAAAUUGCGCAUCGUCGCCCGCACCCUCGCCGCCGUCGCUUCCGCUGCCGCCGCCCGCCGCCGCUGCCCGGCUUGACCCAGCGAACCGGACAUACCACGACUUG